AUGCUGGACCGUCCUCGGCGCCUGGACCGUCCUCAGCGCCUGGACCGUCCUCAGCUCCUGGACAGUCCUCAGCUCCUGGACCGUCCUCAGCUCCUGGACCGACCUCGGCGCCUGGACAGUCCUCGGCUCCUGGACCGACCUCGGCGCCUGGACAGUCCUCGGCUCCUGGACAGUCCUCGGCUCUUGGACCGUCUUCGGAUCCUGGACCGUCAACUGCUGCUGGUUCUUCCUCGGCUCCUGGACUGUCCUCUGCUGCUGGACCGUCCUCUGCUGCUGGACCGUCCUCUGCUGCUGGACCGUCCUCUGCUGCUGGACCGUCCUCUGCUGCUGCACCUACAGGUGUGUCCACAAAGGAAGAGAAGGAGGAAGCGCUGCAGCCAGGACACCUCCACCCAGGAGCCAACGUGCUUGGAGCUGGAGCUGCUGGCCUACCUGCGUGCGGCGGACCGCAGCUCUAGCUCCAGCACCAUGCUCACACAAUGA